AUGGGUAGAGAGGUCGUCCGUGAACAGUCCAGUAAUCCUGGGAAACGGGAGUUCCUUGUGGAUUCGGCGGACAUAUGCGAUGUACUUGAAGAAAACACUGGUACACAUAGACUUUUAGGUAUAUCUUUAGAUAUAGAUGAGAUCGACGAGUUGCAUAUACACGAGAGUGCCUUCAGAAAGAUGCGUAAUCUCCGAUUCCUAAAAAUAUUCACGAAUACAUAUAUGUUCGAGAAAAAGGCCAAGUUGCACUUACCUGAUAGCUUUGACUAUUUGCCUCCUAAACUCAAGUUAUUGUGGUGGGACGGAUGUCCAAUGAAAAGUAUGCCUUCUGAUUUCUGCCCUGAAAAACUCGUCAAGCUUACAAUGAAGAAUAGCAAGCUCAAAAAGCUGUGGGAAGGAUCUCGAAAGCUUACAUGUCUCAAGGAGGUGAAUUUGUGGGGAUCUGAAAACCUAAGAGCAAUCCCAGAUCUUUCCAGGGCCAUCAACCUAGAGAAAAUUUAUCUUGGCUUUCGUUUGAGUUGGGUGCAGCGUCCUUCCCCUAUUCGAAAAUUCAAUAAUCUGAAAAAUAUAGGCAUGCUAGAAUGCGACAAUCUGGAAACUCGUCAAACCAGCAUUAACCUCGAAUCUCCCAAACGCCUCAAUCUCAGGGAAAGUUCACUUUUAUGUCUUGAGAAUGUCGCUAAUUUUUGCAUGGAAAACUUCAAGAUUGAGAAACUAUGGGAAGGAAUGCAGCCGCUUAUCCGCAUGGGAACGACGCUGCCUGCAUCUUUGACGGUGUUGUUUCUCUCGGAUAUCACAGAUAUGGUGGAGCUUCCUUUCUCUAUUCAAAACCUCAAUAAACUUACGGACCUGAGGAUUACAAGAUGCAUAAAUCUGCAGACUCUUCCAAACGGAAUCAACCUUGAAUCUCUGCAACGCCUCAACCUCAAUGGAUGCUCGCGGUUGAGGACCUUCCCUGAUAUCUCAAGAAACAUAUCAUCUCUCUAUCUAGAAGAGACAGCAAUAGAAGAGGUUCCUUGGUGGGUUGAGCAUUUCUCUAAGCUCAAAUACUUAGUCAUGCAAAGAUGCAGUAAGCUACAGUUCGUAUACCUAAACCUUUCUAAGAUGAAACAUCUCGAGUUGGUCAACUUUUCACAUUGCGGGGCAUUGACUGGUGCUGAAUGGAACGGCUAUCCGAGUGGUCUGGAAAUAGAAGCAGAGACCACCGACACAGAGUUACUAGCCCCUCAGCCUCAGGUGGCCUCCUCUUCUCUUCCAGAUGAUUAUGUCUCAAAAGUCCAUUUCAGCUUCGUCGACUGUUUCAACUUGGAUCUAGAAGCUCUCCUUCAGCAAAUCUCUUUUGAGAAACUCAUAGUGUCUGGUGAUAAAGUGCCUUUAUACUUCACUCACCAAACUACUGGAAACUCUUUGGCCAUCUCUCUGCUUAAGACCCGUUUCCUUCAACCAUUCCUCAAAUUUAGGGCUGGUGCUGUGUUUGUUUUCAGCUCCUUGUCCAAAUUCGGUGCGAACGGCGUAUGGAUCAAUGUACACUGUCGGUUCAAAGGCAGGCUCGGAAACAACUACUUUGAUUCCACUUAUCAGAAAGAGUACUUCUCGGUGAAUCAGAAGGGGAGUCAUCUGUUUAUAUUCGACUGUCAUAUCCCUGUAAACAGUCAGAAUGAUCUUCUCUCUGAUGAAGUGGAUGUACAGUUUCAUUUCUCUUGUGACGCUUCCUGCAAAAUGAAAGGAUGGGGUAUACGGCUCUCUGAGAAUUGUUCAUCACCGGAGAAUAGACUUGGUAAUCCAAAUACUCUUCCACUUGUUUGUGAAUCAAUUGUGCUCAAAGAGGGUGAACAAGGUGAAGAGACAGAGAGAAGCAGUAGAUGA